AUGCAGAUGCCAGACGUCCCCAUGAACGUCCCAAUCGACGACCCGAACGCAGACACAGAAUGGAACGACAUACUCCGCAAGCACGGCGUAAUCCCCGAAAAGCCCCCGUCACCAACUCCUAUGAUCCAAGAAGCCAUCGAAGAAGCCCGCAGACUCGCACACGACAACAGGCUAGAAGGCAAGGACUUGGAUGAACUCGCGGAGCUGGAGGAUGAAGAGGACGAGGAUUUCCUCGAAUCAUACCGCAAGAAGCGCAUGGCUGAGCUAUCCACUACCACGGCCGCGAGCAUCUACAACCAGGUCUACCACCUCCAGAAGCCCGACUACUCGAAAGACGUCACCGAGGCAUCGCAAAAGGCACACGUUCUUGUCCUCUUGACGAGCUCACAGGGCACGAAUACCGAGUCGAGGGUGCUGAUUGAGAUAUGGCGAGAACUCGCCAAGAGAUUCGGGGACGUCAAGUUCUGCCAGAUGCGGGCGGAUCUGUGCAUUGAGGGGUAUCCAGAUAAGAACACACCGACUGUGUUGAUAUAUAGGGACGGAGAUAUCAGAAGGCAGAUUGUCACGCUGAGGGACUUGAGUGGGCCGCGAACCAGCGCGCAAGACGUGGAAAAACUGCUCGUGGACGUUGGCGCCGUCAAGGUGGGCGACUCGCGACUGCAGCAGCGGAGGAAGGAAGAUGCAGAGGUCAACACGAGCUCGAUACGGCAAGGCAAGACGGGUGGAGACGACGACGAUAGCGAUUGGGAUUGA